AUGGGCACCCGGUACCAGGAGGGGCUGCAUGCCCCCAUGCUGGAGACAGGGAACAAAGAGGUGAGGUUCAUGCACCUGGACCUGGCCAGCCUGCGGUCGGUGCGAGCCUUCGCCAGCACCUUCCUGCGCCAGGAGCCUCACCUGCACCUCCUCAUCAACAACGCGGGUGACUGUGCCCCCAGCCGUGUGGUCAUCGUGGCCUCCAGCGCCCACUGCGCCGGUCACCUGCGCCCCGACCGCCUGGGCCGCCCCUCCCGGGGGCUGUUCUCCUCCUUCCAGGACUACUGUGACAGCAAGUUGGCCAACGUGCUGCACGCCCGGGAGCUGGCCACGCGCCUGCAGGGCACACAGGUCACCUGCUACGCGGUGCACCCAGGGUUUGUCAACACAGCGCUGUUCCGGCACGCACCGCUGUGGCUGAAGCCUCUGCUGCAGCCCCUGGCCUGGCUCCUGUUCCUGGAUGCCUCUGAAGGAGCACAGGCAGUGCUGGACUGUGCCACACAGGAUGGCCUCGAGCCCCUCAGUGGUCGAUACUUCACUGACUGUGGCCUGCAGCAGCCGUGGCCACGGGGCCGUGACGACAGGCUGGCACGGGCACUGUGGGAGGGCAGCGAGUGGCUCGUGGGGCUGGGGCAGGCUGGAGGGGAUG